CGAUUAAGGAACAGAAAUUCAAGGUUCGCAAGAACAAGACACUGGAACAACAUAUUCCAAAAAACUUCUGUAAGGGAGACCAAAGAGAGCCCACGGGACAGGAGUUUGUGGGAGACUUCCCUGACCGCUCUGACGUACUCCUUCUCUGCGUCUCUUACUCUCUUUUCUACAAGAUCCGGUUGAUCCAUAAAGAUUCGGGAGAAUUAUUAGCUUUGGGAGUUGAGGUUUUGUUAUUUUGACUUUCAUGAUUUAUUAGGGUCCUUCACGGCAACCCUUGUUCUCAAAAGGUGUUUGCGUAGGAUUUUGCCUGCUAGUUUUGUUUUUCUGAGCAAGUUGAGAUUCUUCUGUUAUCCUUUGGCUGGUCUGGGAGCUAGAAUUUGGCAUGGCUGUUGCCAAGGGCAACAGCAGCACUGAACCAUCUAGGCAACCUUGUAAUUGUUAUAAAGUGGAAAGCUUAACUGAAACCAUUUUGGAAGCUAAUGAGAUCUCUGAUUUAAAAGACCGAUUCAUUCUAGGGCAGCACUUGGGUUGGGGGCAGUUUGGUGUUAUUAGGGUUUGCUCAGAUAAAUUGACUGGAGAGUUGUUUGCCUGCAAAUCAAUUAACAAAGAUAGAUUAGUGACCUCUGAUGAUGCAUGGAGUGUAAAGCUUGAGAUUGAAAUAAUGACUAGGUUAUCAGGUCACCCAAAUGUUGUAGACCUCAAGGCAGUUUAUGAGGAUGAAAACUCUGUACAUCUGGUGAUGGAACUGUGUGCUGGAGGGGAACUUUUCCACCAGUUAGAGAAGUAUGGACGAUUCUCUGAAGUGGAGGCUAGGAUUCUCUUUAGGCAUUUGAUGCAAGUUGUUCUAUAUUGUCAUGAAAUUGGUGUUGUUCAUAGAGAUUUGAAGCCGGAGAACAUUCUCUUGGCUACAAAAGCCUCUUCCUCACCAAUUAAACUGGCUGACUUUGGCCUUGCUACCUAUAUCAACCCUGGACAGAGUCUGCAUGGAACCGUUGGGAGUCCGUUUUAUAUAGCUCCUGAGGUAUUGACGGGGGGCUACAAUCAAGCUGCUGAUGUUUGGAGUGCUGGCGUCAUUUUAUACAUUCUUCUUAGUGGUAUGCCCCCUUUUUGGGGUAACACUAAGUCACAAAUAUUUGAUGCUGUUAGGGCAGCUGAUCUACGGUUCCCAUCAAAUCCUUGGGAUAACAUUUCUGAAUCUGCAAAGAGCUUAGUCAUGGCAAUGCUAUCUACGAAUCCUUCUCAGCGGCUCACUGCUCAGCAGGUUUUAGGUACGGUGAAUGCUAACUUUCUUGAACCGGCCAUCUUUGUCUUGGAUAUGCAACAUUUAAGUUCAAACAUCCUGUUCUGGAUUCUCGAAACAUAUGAUCAUUCAUGGAUGAAGGACAACAUACUGGAUUCUGAAGUAUUCAGUCGGAACAACUUUGGAGGUUGUCCAGAAUGGGAUAUAGGAAGUGGCUCAUUCUCUACCCCAUUCAUGAUCAGGCAACAGGACAUCAGUUUUGGCAGUGGAACUGGAUCACCUAUUCUUUCUGAUGUUGAAUCACCUGCAUUCACAUGCGGAGCAUCAUUUUCUUCUUUCUCGGAGGAUUUGUCAACACCUUGUUCUGCUUCUGCUAAUUUUUCUUUCUUUACCCCUGGGAACUCUAAUAACUUGGAAUUCACUUCUUCUGUACCUUCAAUGCCAAGUUUUGCAUUUUUUGGCACCGGUUCCAUUGAGCAAGGUAGUUCAGUAGAUUGUUCAACUGGCAUAACCAGACUAGAUGCAUCUAAUGGAGAGGCUAGCUUGGUGGAGUUUCUUUCAGUGCCUGAUUCUUCUCCUUGCUUCGAGCACCAGUUGAGAGCAACGGAACAUAAGGCAGCUGAAGUUAAAAGAGCUGGAGGAACCAUUGGACCCAAGAUUUUGGGCAUCCACAGUAAGAGGAACCGAACAAUUGGCCUUGGUGAGAGGGAGCAACUUGAUAUCGUGGUGUCUGAGUCAGUGAUCCGUUGGGCAUCAUGCACAAAUAUUUCAAUUGCCCCAUCGUUGAGAUCCUCUCUCGUAUGUUGAAGUCCAAACCUUACAGCAUCAUAAGUUGAAUCGGAGAGCGGACAGAGUGUUUUAGUGCUCAGAAAUUAUUUUACCCAUGAAAGAUCUACAGGUAAUCUGCAGUUCUACGUUUGUAUUGUAAACAUGCUGGUGAAUAGCACACAGUUUCCUGUUAGCUUCAAAUGGGUUGUCCUGUAAUUAUCCACGAUGAGUCAUGUGAUGUUUGGGUUAGUGAUACAAGUAACAAUGUGAGGUAGUUGUGUCUGAUGGGCUUAUGCCACGUGUAUAAAAGUGGAUUUUGAUUUUGAUAGAAUGAAGUUUUUCUACUUUGAUGAUGGAA